AAAUGACCAGGCCAAUCGCCGGUCAUGCAGCUUGUGCAGAAGUGCUGCCACAGGAGCAGAGUAUUCUCGUUCAUUCGAGUGAAUGCCAUUGGACGCUGCGGAAGGAUCAUCACAGCUGCAACAGGACAAUGUCGGCAGAUUCGGGUUUUUGCAAACAUUUUGGUCACGUGACGUUUUGGGUUGGGAAUGCAAAGCAGGCAGCAGCCCACUACUGUGCUAGGCUGGGCUUUAAGCCCCUGGCAUACAAAGGUUUAGAAACUGGAAGUCGAAAGGUUGUUGCUCAUGUGGUCAAGCAGAAUGAGGUUGUGUUUGUAUUCCAAUCACCGCUGGAGCCCGACACUCCGCCAGAGAUGACGAAAUUCCUAUCAACGCAUGGUGAUAGCCCGAAAGAUAUAGCUUUUGAGGUGGACGACGUGGAUGCGAUCUUUAAGCGAGCGCAACAACACGGAGCUGAAAUAGUCCAGGAACCAGUCAAUGAAUCAGAUGAGAAUGGUACCGUGCGCUAUGCUGUGGCCCGCACAUUCGGCGACAUAACACAUACAUUUGUGAACCGCAGCGCCUACAGAGGACUUUUCAUGCCGGGCUACACGAAGCCGAGGGAUGCCGAUCCCCUUGCAGAUGUACUCCCCGCAGUUGGGCUAAAAGUGGUUGAUCACAUGGCGAUAGCAUGUGAAAUGGAGAAAUCGGCGAAAUGGUACGAGAAAAUCCUUCUGUUCGACGAGUCAUAUACUAUCGAUGCCAAGAUGAUGCAGACCAAACGUUCAUCCAUGAAAGCAACCGCGGUAGCCAACAAAGAGAGGAGCAUCUACGUAAACCUAGCAGAACCAGUCAACGUAAACGACAAGGGGGGUCCAUUGAUGGAACUUAUGCAUUAUAACGGCGGAGUUCCUGCAUUUUCCCACUUUGCCUUAUUAACAGACGAUAUAAUUUCAACGGUGACAGCACUGCGGGCAAGAGGGCUUCCAUUCAUGAAGGCCCCUAAGUCUUACUAUGUAGAGCUGAGGGAAAAGUUGAAGACAUCUGAUGCAAAGUUUAAAAAAGACAUUGACGAGAUCGAGAAGCUCCAGCUACUGGUUGACUUCGACUCCGAGGGUUACCUGAUACAGACAUUCACUAAAAUGAUGCAGGACAGGCCUACCCUUGUUAUUGAGAUCAUACAGAGGCACAACAAAACGGGCUUUGGCGAAGGGAACUACAAGGCUUUGUAUGAGGCCUCCGAGGCAGAACUAGCUGAUCGGGGAAACUGAAUCUAUUAUACCACAACUUUGUAACAAAUCUCCAUACAUACGUUACGGCAUUACAGUUAUCCUAUAGAAAUUGCAUGGAUUUUCAAUAAUGGAAUAUCAAUACGUACGAAAAUUUGUUGUGUGUUUUAUUUCAUGCGUAGCAUUCUGUAAAUGAUACACUGUAAAAACACAGCCAAAGUUUUACGAUUGAUAUGGUGCUUGAUUCGAAAUGUGACGAUGUCAUUAUGAAUGGACUGUUCGAACUUCAUGCUCGAGUGAUGUAUGUUACUGGCCUCGGCCCGGUUGUUCAAAACCCAUUGUCACCAAUGCUAUAGUUAAUUUAACAUAGCAUUGUCUUUGCAAAGUGGGGCAAACGCAGCACAACGCAUAACUGCGGCUGUUAUAAAACGCGGAUUCCGCGGAAAUCCGCGGAAUCCACGCGUACCUGGUUCCGCUGGCUACCGUCAGAUGUAGUGGUAGUCGUUCACACGCUCUCUGCACGGUCACUGCACGCAGCACGAAUUUAGAGAACUAAAUCGUUCCGUAAUAACUGUAUUUCAUUACAUUAUUUUGAGGGAAGGUAAGUACUAUAAACAGACACUGUGGACUGAAAUACAGACAGGACUGUUAUUCUAUUAAUCACAUGUACAUUGUACUACGGGUUUUUGAUAUUUUUUUACCAAGGAUGAAUCGUCGCCUGAAGAUGGCUAAAGAUGGCUAAAUUAACCAGACUGCUGCUGCCUAUAGUCCCCACCGCAUUUUUGUAUAUUCAUUAAGUAAAAUACUACCAUGCGAAUGGUUAAUUGACAAGGACAUUUAAACAAGCCUGGUUAUCAUUUCAUGUCGGAUUAAACGUAAACUGAAUCACACACUACGCUGGGCGAUCUUCGGUCCGAGUAGCUAGACCUGCCAUCGAGAGUCUAUGUUCCAGAAGGGCGCCAAUGGCUAAUAUUCAUAAAAUACGAGGAAAAGUUUUUACUUUAAACUUCAUGUAUAUCAUACAUUUACACUAGCCAUCUCUGUAGAACAAUGUAGUAAAAAGCAUAUUAGCACAUGAUAUAAUUAUAGUUGGCUGGCAUUGAUUAUUGUAUGUUGGAGCUCUCGGCCUAGCGAUAGAUCGAAACACAGUUAUCAUUACAUCUGACUACCACUACAUCUGACGGUGGCCAGCAGAACCAGGUA